UUUUAUGCUCGAAAUUAACUAUAGUAAUUUUCAAUAUAUAUUAAAUAGAAUAGUUUAUAUAGACGUAAAAGUUAGUGGAUUAAGUAAAGUUUGAUUCGACACGACUAACCGAACCCUACAGCAUGGAGCAAUCAGCGAUUUCUAAGUACACUGACCAAGACAUGAUCUCGGACCGCGAAGUACUGGACGGGUACAAAAGCAAGAAUCCUCUUCUGUUUUCACAUUACGACAAAAACAGCCUCACUUUGUACUUCGCUGCAUGCUGUCAUCCGGCGGUCAUUGGGACGAGUAUGAAGAUACACGUAUCGGGGAUUGAUCUGACGGCAGCUAAAGUAGACUUUCAAAAUUACACGAUUCAGCCUUAUGGAAGUAAGACGGUAAUUAACCUAAGGCAUUUAACUACCACUUUAUCAAUUGAUAGAACUUACAAUCGCCUUGUCACAGAGUCGACAAAUCGCCUAUACGCAACAUUGCACUAUCUUCUACCUGGUUAUUCGGCCAACAACACAACUCACACUAACAUUCUGGUUGACAUAAAGUUCAAAGAAGUUUCUUCUUUCAUCGUAAACCUUAGUGUUGUUGAUAUCGCCAACUUUCUAAAUGUAAUUGAGAACACGAGAAUGAUCUUCAGGUCUAAUAAUGAUCAGGUCAUCCCUGCUGACAAAGAGCUUUUGGCAACCGCGUCAUGGAAAACGUUCAGGCAAAUAUUAAGAUUCUUGGUACAAGAAAUAGAGCGAUCGUGCCCUAAUAUUGACGCCGCUGCAGUGGUUCUGAACCGGUAUGAACGAACAACUAUAAUGAGACUCGUGUACCAUCACUUUUCAUUGGUUUAUAGAUUAUUUGAAAAUAGGGAAGGAUUGGAGCAACGGUUAGAGGAAGCACGGAUGUUCCUAAUGGAAGAUCUGAAAACUGUUGUCACUUCUAGGAUGAACUUUGAAUGCGUCAACCUUACUACGCCUUACUUAGUAGUUUUUAUUCUUGUUGUGACUUAUAACGCCCUCCACUUCAGUUUUAAUGUAGCCGACACAUAAAGGUGUCGUAAUUAACCUUCGUUAGUAACUUUAAUAAGAGACUUCUCUUGUUUAGAGUAUUUGGAUUUUAUUAAAAUUUUUAUAAUUAAAUUUUGCCUUGCUGAUCUUUAAAUGUAGGUAACUCUUGUCAGCUGCUACAGGUUCAAGUAGCUUGAAAUGUCGGCAUCUGGAUAAAACGCCUUCCAAUUAUUUUCCGCGUCAAGCUAUUUUAAUAAUUCAUAUCCAAAUUGUACUAAUUAACUGUCUGAAUUUACAUCGCCUAUUACAAUGUGACAGCAUGCGCUGUUAUACAAUCAUCGUCGUAGUGAUGGUUGUUGAUUUUAAAUAUUAUGAUUUUAGGUAGUUUCUCAUUGAUUGUCUACUAUUUGAACUUUUAUAAGAAGAUUCAGUAUUAAUAUGCCGGUGGUCUUACACGUUUCAGUGAAUUUUUAUCAAUAGAUUGGAGAAUAUGUAACUUCUGGGUCCUUCCGGCAAAGAUGAUAGAUUUGAAAUUGUUGAAACUUUUUUCGAAUCUUGCACAGUGUAGUUUUAAAUGUUCGGGUGAUGUAUGAAGGCAACUAAUUUAAAUAGACACGAGAACCUGA